AUGAGGCAGAGAAACGCGCCAGCAGCCCUGUCGCCAUUGUCACCAGCUUUUUGCUUUCGCAGACUUCUUGCCACCGGUAGAAGAAGCCAGUUGCGCCAUUGUCUUCUGCAGAAUUAG